AGAAAAAGCAAAUUGAAGACUUUGGUAUCUACUGCUCGAUCUUCUCUAGAAAUUCUAUGUGAAGUAGAUAACCAGACCCUGAAGCGAACUUCAUUUUGAUCCUCCAUCUGAAAAUGGCUAGCCUGCAGAUUUCUCUCUCGGGUCAGCUAAUCAUAAUCUGUGUGAUGAUGAUGAGUAGCUGCCAUGGAGCAUUUGCUACUAGUGUUGCCUUGUUCAUUUUCGGGGACUCGACUCUGGAUACUGGCAACAACAACUACAUCACCACCGUCCCGGAAAACCAAGCACAUUACAAGCCCUACGGCCAGAAUGGUUUCUUUGACCACCCCACCGGACGCUUCUCCGAUGGUCGUGUCAUUGUAGACUACAUAGCGGAGUAUGCAAAGCUGCCAAUAAUCCCUCCAUUUUUGGGACCAUCUGCUGACUACACAAAUGGAGUCAACUUUGCAUCGGGUGGUGCUGGUGUUCUUCCGGAAACCAAUCAAGGAUCGGCGAUUGAUCUUCCGACACAAUUGAGAUACUUUGAAGAGGUGCAAAAACGGUUCACAAAAAAAUUGGGAGAAGAGAAAGCAAAGGAAGUGAUAUCAGAGGCAGUGUAUUUCAUUAGUAUUGGAAGCAAUGACUAUAUGGGCGGUUACCUAGGUAAUCCAAAAAUGCAGGAACAAUAUAACCCUGAACAAUAUGUGGGGAUGGUCAUCGGAAACUUGACGCAGGCAAUCCAAGUGCUGUAUGAAAAAGGAGGUAGAAAAUUUGGUUUUCUAAGCUUGACUCCGCUUGGUUGCUUGCCUGCCUUUAGAGCUGUGAACCUCAGAGCCACGAAAGGAGGAAGGGGCUGUUUCGAAGGAGCUUCUGCCCUUGCACUAGCUCAUAAUGAUGCGCUUAAUACCGUGCUCGCAAACCUUGGAUAUGUUCUCAAAGAGUUCAAGUACUGCAGCUCCAAUUUCUAUGACUGGCUCCAGGAAAGAAUAGAUCAUCCUUACAAAUAUGGUUUCAAGGAUGGAAUCAAUGCUUGUUGCGGAAGCGGACCAUAUGGAGGUUCGUUCACCUGUGGAGGCACAAAGGAGGAUAAAGAUUACCAGUUAUGUAGCAAUGCUGAUGAUUAUAUAUGGUGGGACUCCUUCCAUCCAACAGAGAGGAUCCAUGAGCAACAUGCAAAGGCUCUCUGGAAUGGACCGCCUUCUUCUGUCGGGCCAUACAACCUAGAAGGUCUCUUCUUUGAGAAGGAGAAGCUCACCAUUGGCAGCAUAGUUGAUAAACCAGAAGCAGAUCAGUUUCAGUCCUUCUAAGAUAGCAGGACAUACAUCAUGUUUUCUAUAUGCAAGGGAUAGAACUGUGGUCAGAUACAAUUUUGAGUUAAAAUUUGUUCGAUCACUUGAGUUCAAAUCUGUAUGUGAUGUGAUCAUUAGAGAAUUUAUGCACAUUGGAAACACAAAAUAAAGACUCUCAUGAAGAGGUCUUAUUCUCCCAUAUCGGCAAUGUGCAAUGAAAGGGAUUGCUACUCCAAUAAUAAAGGCCCUGUUCUACUUUAAAAA